UCAAGACAUCAGCCUCUUUCGCUUGCGGGGAGCAACGAACGUCGCAGCAUCACGCGAAGGCUUCCGCGUUAUAACUAACGACGCAGGAUGGGGCAGAAGCGGAAGAAUGGCCGGCGGACAGCAGAUGGCGGGGGGAGAGCCUCUCGCCGACUCUCCCCCGCUCUACCGCCUCCUCGACCUUCUCAAAGACGAGAAGGAUCCCGCCACCGCCCUUUCCCACCUCGACGCCAUCGCCGCCCGCCACCCCUUCUACUCCCCCUCACCUUCCCUCCUAUUCCUCCUCCUCCGCCGCCUCUCCUCCUCCGCCCCCGCCCUUCUUCCCCGCCUCCUCCGCUUCCUCUUCUCCCGCCCCCGCCGCCACCGCUUCUCCGAGGCUGCCGCCCUCGUCGCCCUCAAGGCCUUCUCCCGCGCCCUCAUGCCCGACCACGCCCUCGCCACCUUCCAGUCCCUCCCCGCCAUCUUCCGAUGCCAGCCCGGCGUCCGUUCCCACAACGCCCUCCUCGAUGCCUUCGUCCGCGCUCGCCGCUGGGACCAGGCCGAGUCCUUCUUCGCCUUCUUCCAUACCAAAGGCCGCGUCUCCCCCAACCUCCAGAGCUACAACAUUCUCAUCCGAGGCCUCUGCGACCGGGGACAGCUCGAUCGAGCGCUCCGACUCCUGGAAACCAUCCAAAGUCGCGGCCUUGAGCCCGACCGCGUUACCUACAGUACCGUGAUCUAUGGGUUGCUUAAAAACGGCGAUUUGGUCAACGCUCUCAAACUGUUCGAUGAAAUGUGCGAUAAAGAUGUGACGCCCGAUAUUGUGUGCUAUAAUGUUCUGCUUGAUGGUUUGUUGAAGAAAGGCGAUUUCUCGAAGGGAAUGGAGAUCUGGGAGAGGCUGGUCAGGGAUAGCGCGGUUGGUCCAAAUGUUGCCACGUAUAAUGUUAUGCUGAAUGGUUUGUGCAAGCUUGGGAAGUUUGAAGAGGUGAUGGAGAUGUGGAGUCGGAUGGUGAGGAAUGGCCAUCGGCCUGAUUCAUUCACCUAUGGGAUUUUGAUUCACGGGCUGUGUGAAACAGGGAAUGUGGAUGGGGCCUCACGGGUCUACGCGGAGAUUAUCAAGACGGGCUUUGUCAUCGAUGUUGUCACAUGUAACUCUCUGCUUAAUGGUCUCUGCAAGGCAGGGAGGAUAGAGGAGUCCUUGAAGCUGUGGCAGUCGAUGGGAAAGGUAGGGAAUCGCAACAUUGUCAGUUACAACAUAAUGAUCAAGGGUCUGUUCGAGAAUGGCAAGGCAGAUGAGGCAGUUUCACUUUGGGAAAGCUUGCAAGGGGACAAUGCAUGCCAUCCAGAUUCAGUGACAAUCGGUGUUUUGAUCCAUGGGUUGUGCGAAAAAGGGUAUGUCAACAAGGCUUUAUGGGUUUUGAAGGAGGCGCAAGAAGAUGGUGAGAAGAAUCUGGAUGUCUUUGCAUAUUCCUCGAUGAUAAAUGGAUUGAGCAAAGAUGGGAGAUUGGAUGAGGCUAUUUGCAUUUAUGAUCAAAUGGCUAAACAUGGCUGUGAACCAAAUUCGCAUACAUACAAUGCAUUGAUAAGUGGCUUCUGUCGAGCAUCUAAGAUUGCUGUCGCCAUCCGGGUUUUCAAGGAGAUGGUCAGCAAUGGCUGCACUCCUACUAUUGUAACAUACAACACUCUUAUAGAUGGUUUGUGUAAGGUGGAGAGGUUCCAGGAGGCUUCUAGCUUUGCAAAAGAAAUGAUGGAAAAAGGUUUCAAACCUGACAUGGUGACAUACAGCUCUUUGAUGGAUGGUCUCUGUCGAGAUAAGAAGAUCGAUGUUGCUCUUGACAUUUGGGACAGAGUUCUUGACAAGGGCUUUGGAGCCGAUGUCAUCAUGCACAACAUUCUUAUCAAUGGCCUUUGCUCUGCUGGGAAAGUGGAAGAAGCCCUGCAUGUUUUCUUGGAGAUGAAACAGAAGAACUGCACUCCAAAUCUAGUAACAUACAACACGCUUAUGGAUGGAUUUUAUCAAGUUGGUGACUGUGAAAGGGCAUCAGAUGUACUGGUCCAGAUGUCAGAGGCUGGGUUUGAACCAGAUAUCAUUUCUUACAACAUAAUGUUUAACGGUCUUUGUUCUUAUAAUAGGACAUCUGAGGCAAUGAAGUUACUGGAUGAUGCCUUAGGUUGUGGUACUAUUCCAACUGCCAUUACCUGGAGUAUACUAGUUAGGGCAGUUAUCUGCAGCUGACCCUUUCCAACUUGAUCUCUGUGAAGAUCUAUUGCAAAAACAUUAUAAUCUGCUCCCAAAUGCUGGCAUUGCGUUCAUUGCAUGCAUGCCAUGCCUGAAUAUUCCAGGACCCCAUGAUGGAAAAUUGCUGAUAAUGCAAACCAGGCAGAUUGUUGGAUAUUUGAAGGACAUUCAUAUAUCCUUUUAAGCGCUGAAGGUAUGUUUACCUGGAAAUCUUAUGGGGCAUUUUGUGAAGUUAUCUUGCAAAAUCCCGUAUCAAAAUGAACUCAUUUUGAAGGCUCUGCUUGUUCUUAACUUUUUGUCCAUUUUAUGUGGAACAUAGCAAUUUCUCAUAUUAUGUUUUUUCUGCACAGAUUGAUAUUCAUUCCUAAGUUUGUUAAUAUUACUUGGUCAUAUUGUUCUUGGGCAGCAUUUUCAUCUGUUUGGCUCCAUAGGGUGUGUUAUCUAGCUUUGACCUAUGACAGGAGUAUUGUUGUGCAAUGCGUGUUGCAAGGAGCAUAGAGGUGCUGGUAUGCGGUGCUGUGUGCUCAUGUGCAUAUGAAAUGCAUGCGUGCUCGUUGCAAGACACAAUAAUAGUCUUGGAAAAAUGAUAGGACAAAAUAAGUAACUUUAUGCUUCUCUCUCUCUCUCUCUCGCUCUCUCUAGUAAAAGGUAUUCCUAUUAUUUCAUUUUCUUUACUAGGAUUCUAAUGUCUGCAGCAAGAUCCACAAUCUCAUUACUGGGGACUGUUGCAAUCAUGUACUGGUAUGAUAUGGUAUCAAGCCGAACCGCAUGGACACUUGGUACACUGAUGCAUAUUGGUUCCUACUUUUGCCUUUCUCAUUUUUGAGAUUAUAUUAUGAUUUUAAGGAUGUUUUGAUAUUAUUUUAUUUCAUAUUGGUCUUGACCGCAUGAUUGCUUAAUGGAUGGCACAAACCAACACAAACCACUCCUAACCAAUCGGAACCGAGUGGUUCCACUUGGUUCAGAGCAAGGACUGUUUCGCAUUGGUUCCCAAACUAAUAGGCCACAGUGGUUCCGGUCAGUAUGCCCCGAACCAAGUGGUUCAAGUCGAUAUGCCUUGAACCAGGUGGUCGACCAUGGCUACAGUUCUCUUAUCUAUCAAGAAUUAUUUUGGGAGGUUGUUUUUUUGGGGGGUCAAUAGCCCCUAUGGGAAUUUUACCUGCUCAGAAUCUCAGAGUUGGUCUCAAGUCUUAAGAAAACCAAGUAACUUAAUGAUGGUCCCGAGCCUUUUGGCAGGGAUGCGGUUCUUAUAUGUCUCCUUCACCUCAGCUAAUGACACAGUAGACAUGCUAGUUAGACUUGAGAUCUAAAGACACUUUUUGUGGAACUCAUUUCAAACCUGUAACUUAUCUAUUUCUUUUCACUAAACAGGAUCGACCUUAUCAUUUGUCUGAAAGAAACAAACUUGGCCAUCAUAAAGUAAAGGGCAUAAAGAUAAGCAGCAGAGAUAAGCCAUAAUAUGCAUCUCAAAUGAUAACCUUGUUUUGAAAAUAUAGCAUGCAAUAUCUAAAACCAGAACCUUAACAAGUCUUAUCUUAUUUGAUGUUGCAAGUAACUCUUAAGAAUUUCCUACUCCUGUGCAUUUGUUGGCUUGAACUGUUAUGCUGCUCAUUGAGUCUCCAAUGCACAAUCUGUUCGACACCCUAUAGGACUUGAAGAAUUUGGUAAUGGGCUUAUUAUCUCUUGCUGUCUGGGCUUUGAGUAGCCUCAUAUGCAAUUUUAUUUCCCUUGCACCAUAUCUGCCACUUCUAUAAAUCUACUGUACAUUUUUGCCUGAUACUCUGUUAGUUCUUUCAUGUAUAACUUUUAUGAGGUGAAGGUAAGAAUAAACUAAUAUAUACUAUACAGCAUCAGAAUGUCUUAGUUACACAAUUUUGGCAAUGGGAGAAUAUUACCAAAAUGACAUCUUGAUGCAAAAGCAAAGUUAGCUUGUGUGUAUCAGACCCCAGUUUUAAGAGUUGACUGCGGUUUAUUUUACCAUGCAAUAUUUGUCUUCGUCCUUCUUAGAACUGUUUGAUUAUAGAGUUUAGUGGAUUUUGCGAAAAAGUCUGCUUUAUUUUUUUCUAUUUGCAGUUUUGGACCAUUUAUUCUUUCCUUUCCUUUCUUUCUUUCUUUCUUUCUUCUUUUUUUCUUUUCUUUUCUUUUCUUUUCUUUUUUCAAUCCUUAGGUAGGACCCAAUUCUAAAAAUUUUGGAUGCUUUUGCCCCCGGACAAGUGCAUACAGGCUGCUUGCAUGUUUAAGCAGAGCUGAAUACAGAUAGUUUUUAUAGUGAAUGCCUAAAUUUUUUUAAACAAAUGCACAUAUUUUUAACAUUGAUUGCACAUCUUUGUGAUGAAAUGCACAUUCAUGAGCUAGAGCGUACCUGUGGGUCAGGUGCUAAGGCAUCUGAAACUUUUAAAAUCGGUCCACCAUUUGUGGGAGAGAACAAUAAAAGUGGUCUGAAUUUGCAAAAACAGAAACAAAGCGGACUGCUUCUGCAGAACUCCUGAGAAUUUACAGAACAGAUAGUACUCAGUAAGACUUUUAUUUCCCAAGAAGGGAAGAAGAUUCAACUAUUAUCUUUUACUCUUUUUUCUUAUUUGUUUUUCAUUUGUUGAUGACAGGCUCUGCUCGUAAAUGUACCGAGCAAGCAGGCUGACAAAUAUCAAACCCUAUGCUGCAACUUUCUCCAUUCUACCUCAGGAGUAGUGGCAACAGCAUUUCCAAUUGCGACAAGCAGCAAUGACAUGAGCACAAAUAUUUCUCUGGAUUGUUGAUCCUGCCCUCUCCUCUGUAACUUCUCCAAUCUUUUGUGCUUCAAACUUAGCUUCUGCUUUCCCUUGAGGUGCCUUAUUCCACAGGUUCUUGAAGGACAAGCCUUCAUUUCGGUCCUGCUUGAUCUGAUCCUCAAAUUCCUCCAACAUCCUCCUAUUCGUUUCAAUCUCCUGUUAAUUUCUGCAGUCCCUUCAAAAGCCUGCUUCAGAUUCUCCAGGUUUGCCAUGAUCUGCAACAUCAGAAUUAUUUGGAGGAGAGAUUUUGCAAAAUAGUAGAUGGUGUCAUGUAUUGUAGAAGUAAAAGCUUCAUAUAAGUUACAAGCAGACCCUGGCACUGGCUUCGUCAAGCUCUUCGAGACUGCUCUCUCCAAUUUUAUUGAACUCAGCAUUGGCAUCCUCUGCAAACUGAGAUAUUCAGAGUGCUCACCAAGGAAGUUGGUGAGGUGAACCUUUUGGACUUGCAGCAUAGCAAUUCAUGCAAGCAGAUCCCGCUUUUGCUUUUCUCCUUCGGAUGAAGAGGAGUCAGAACCAGCUUGGUUGGAAUUACAGAAACAGAGGGUUAAUCUCCCAAAAAGGGUUAGUUUGGGGGAGGGAGGGAUGUUUGAAUGGCCUUAAGGAGGGUUCAUAUCUUCUUCUGUUUGUAAUACUGGAGUACGCAGAGAAGCAAGCAGUGGAGAGCCGAGGAUGUUACUCUCACUCCCUGUAGCAGUGGUGAUUUCCACCUCCCAUGCCUGGACGUCAAACAUUAUCCAUUACCUUUUAAUUUUAUUUAAAAAUAAUGGAGCGUCAACUUCAUGUGUCCAUUUUGCGCUGCUGCUUAAAUAAAAUCUUUGGUACUGUUUGUUUAUGUGGAAAAAUAAUGUCGUCUUGUUAAA